UUUGCUUUAAAAGCUGUGCCUUUGGCCAUAAAGCCAUCUCACCUCUGCUGAGAUUUUUGCUUCAACAUCUGGAUGUUCAGUUUGUCGUUAUCAUUCUGUGAUUCAUCUGUGAUACUCUUACUGAACCACAGGAGGGGACUUAGUUCUAACUUCAAGAACAGAGCUUCUUCUGAAGUGUUUUCCAUACUGAGGCACUGAUGAUGGGUGUGUGGGCCAGAGCGGUGGCUCUGUCUCUGGUGCUGCAACAGCUAGUGCUCACUGUCACAGCUCAAGGCAUUGUCUUCGACCUGCUAGUGUCUCCAGACUGCCUGCCAGACUUGCUCCAAGGAAGCCUGAAGAACAAAGGACGAGAUGAGGCUUUCCUCCUCUCCUCCUUCAGGCUCCACAACAGGGCUCCCACUUCUCUCUUCAGCGUCAUCAACCCCAAAGACAACACCAAGUACCUGGAGCUCAGCGUACAGGCCAAACUGAGCAAAGUGACUCUGCGUUACCAGAAGACUGAUGGCAGGUCUGGCACAACCAGUUUCAACCACGCCUCCCUGGCAGAUGGCAGAAAUCACCAUGUGAUGCUGCAUGCCAGCGGUCUACAGCAUGGCCCACAUCGCCUCAACAUCUAUGUAGACUGCAGACUGGCACACACUUUAGAUGAUCUGCCGGCUGCGUUUGGGUCACUCCCACCUGGUCCUAACAAGGUGGCACUUAGGACCCUGCAGUCAAGUGGGCAGGAUGAACUGACAGACUUGAAGUUGGUGGUAGGGGACACCAUAGACAAUGUGGCCACUCUGCAGGACUGCAGCAUGGAUCAGGGUGAAUCUCUGCAGUUGCUGGGUAUCCAGGGAGGCAGGACGGUUCACGACCAGGCCACCAUGAUGGAGCUGAAGAGCAUGCUAUCUGAGAUGAGGGAGCUACUCCAACAGCAGAUUAAGGAGACCAAUUUUCUGAGGAACACCAUUACGGAGUGUCUUGCCUGUGGUCUCGGAGGAAGUCCAACCAGUCCAGAUCGACCUACAGGUCCAGGCCAUUUUGUCAUGCAGCCUCAGCAUAUGACUCAAUGCCGACCUGGGACCUGUUUCAGACAGGACAUGUGCAUCCGUACAGAGUCAGGGGGUUUCCAGUGUGCCCCCUGUCCUGAUGGAUAUACAGGAGAUGGGGUGCACUGUGAUGACGUAGAUGAGUGCCAGUUUAACCCAUGUUUCCCUGGUGUGAGGUGUGUGAACACUGCUCCUGGGUUUCGCUGUGAGAAAUGCCCUCUGGGAUACACCGGACCAGAGAUAACUGGAGUUGGAAUAUCCUAUGCGAAGUCAAACAAACAGGUGUGUGAGGAUAUCGAUGAGUGUCUGGGCCCGCCUGAGAAUGGAGGCUGCACUGCCAACUCGCACUGCUACAACACUGCUGGCUCCUUCCGCUGCGGAGAGUGUAAAGCUGGCUUCACAGGUGACCAGGCGAGAGGCUGCCACGGUUCCAGGCUUUGCCCCAAUGGUCAACCCAACCCCUGUGACGCCAACGCUGAGUGCAUCGUGCAGAGAGACGGCAGCAUUAGCUGUGUGUGUGGUGUUGGUUGGGCAGGCAAUGGCUAUGUGUGUGGAAAGGACACUGAUAUUGAUGCAUAUCCUGACACUAAGCUGCAGUGCAGGGACAGCAACUGUAAGAAGGACAACUGUGUGUUUGUUCCAAACUCUGGCCAAGAGGAUGCAGACAGGGACGGGAUGGGUGACGCCUGUGACGAUGAUGCAGACAGUGAUGGCAUUGUGAACAUAGAUGACAACUGCUGGCUGGUUCCUAAUGUGGACCAGAGGAACAGCGAUAAGGAUCUCCAUGGUGAUGCCUGUGACAACUGCAGAACAAUCGAAAAUCCAUCACAGAGGGAUACAGACCAGGACGGACUGGGAGAUGAAUGUGAUGAUGACAUGGAUGGGGAUGGUUUGAAGAAUGUCCUUGACAACUGCCAGCGAGUCCCCAACCCAGACCAGAAGGACAGAGACAACGAUGGGGUGGGAGACGCCUGUGACAGCUGUCCUGAUAUGGCCAACCCUAACCAGUCUGACUCAGACGAUGACCUUGUAGGAGAUACCUGUGACGACAACAUCGACAGUGAUGGUGAUGGCCACCAAAACACAAAGGACAACUGUCCCACAGUCAUCAACUCCUCUCAGCUGGACACUGACAAGGAUGGAAUGGGAGACGAAUGCGAUGACGAUGACGAUAAUGACGGUAUACAGGACAAUGAUGACAACUGCAGAUUAGUUCCCAACCCAGACCAAAAGGACUUAAAUAACGAUAAAGUCGGAGACGCAUGCGAAGGAGACUUUGACAAAGACGACGUCAUUGACAUAGUCGACCACUGCCCAGAGAAUGCUGAGAUCACCCUGACUGACUUCAGAGCCUAUCAGACCGUAGUGCUGGACCCAGAGGGAGACUCUCAGAUAGACCCCAACUGGGUGGUUCUCAACCAGGGCAUGGAGAUAGUUCAGACCAUGAACUCUGACCCCGGCCUUGCUGUUGGCUACACAGCGUUCAGUGGGGUUGACUUUGAGGGAACAUUCCAUGUGAACACAGUGACAGAUGAUGACUACGCCGGCUUCAUCUUUGGCUACCAGGACUCCUCUUCCUUCUAUGUGGUGAUGUGGAAACAGACCGAACAAACCUACUGGCAGGCUGCGCCCUUCAGAGCCGUUGCUGAGCCGGGAAUACAACUCAAGAUGGUGAAGUCCAAGACAGGACCUGGUGAGUAUCUGAGGAACUCCCUCUGGCACACAGGACAUACCCCUGACCAGGUCCGUCUCCUGUGGAAAGACCCCAGGAACGUAGGCUGGAAGGACAAGGUCUCCUACCGCUGGUUCCUCCAGCACAGGCCACAGGUUGGAUACAUCAGGGCUCGCUUCUAUGAGGGUUCGAGCCUGGUGGCGGACACAGACGUGAUAAUAGACACCAGCAUGAGGGGCGGGAGACUGGGCGUGUUCUGCUUCUCUCAGGAAAAUAUCAUCUGGUCCAAUCUAAAGUACCGUUGCAACGACACUAUUCCUGCUGACUACGAGGACAUCGAUGCCCAAAACACAAACUGAAGGAGAAGGAGAAUUGUCCAUCAAGGAAAAGAAACAGAGCUGCAUGAAUAAGAUGAAGGAGGUAGAGGACAUGAGUUAGAGAAAGAAAGAUGAAGGUGAGAGGGAACACGGAGGGCAAUAUUUUAACUUUGUUGUUGCAGAGACAAGGUCUUAGAGGAUUAUAAUUUUGGGCAUUAUAUACUUCCUAAUUAAGUGUAACUGAAGCGAAUACAUUGAAUAAGACGUGUAUAAUUCAUCAACAGGUUCUAUGUAUGUUCAUUCAAUAUCAACUGCAGUUGAUGAGAUUAAUGUUAAAAAUACUGUUUUAAAUAUACUGUAAGUGCAAUAAAAUCUUUUCAUUUCAAGCAUUUUAUAACAUUGAGG